CUGUGAUGAAAAGUGUUGAGGAGGCGUUCGUCCAAACAGGAAGAAACUGGAAAACACACCAAAUAUCAACCUCUAGAGUCGGGACGCAGCGGAUUAAGCGCCGGGCGGAUGCUCCAAACUACUUUUGCUCCGUGUCGGAGGCCUGCGGAGGGUUCCCGGUGAACUCUGCGGCUGCGGUCUGCAGUCAGCGGGCGCUGUUUGGGGGCUGACGCACCAGCAGGAACGGAGCAGGCGGGGGGCUGAGGCUAGGCUAGGCUAGCUGGUUAGCACGCUUUGCUAACAGCCUCAGCGGAAAUCAGAGAACUUGUGGAAACUUUGCAUGAACCAGCAGCCGUUGGUUUAACCGGAAACCAGGAGGAAGAUUAAAGUAAAGACGGCCAGAAUCUAGUUAACCUACCAGCUAGUUAGCGGCUAGUUAGCAGCUAGUUAGCUCCAUCAACACUUUAAAGCCGCAGGAUGGACUUAACUCAGGUGCUAUUUAACGCCGUGCAUCGUAAUUAGCACCGAGUCCGGAGCCUCUAACGGCGGCCCGUCCACUUUCUCAGCGGUGUCUCGGUGCUCGUUGGACCGUGUGAACUUUCCACUCCCCGCCGUCGCCGUUAGCAUGGAGGCAGCGGAGCCUGGCAGUGGCUCGGAGCGGUUACAUAACGCCAGCAGGUCGGGAGAGAAGCUGCCGAACGUCGCCUCCUCCUCCUCAGCGAGGCUCUGACAGCUGUAACCUGCACGACAACACGCACACACACACACACAGUAACACACACAUUAACAACGGCAGGAGCAUGAUGGAGAUCUGAACCCUCAGAAAGCAGCAGCAGAUCAACUGAAGAUGGAGACGAACCCCCUGAUCAACGCCAUGGACCCGUCCAUCACGCUGUGGCAGUUCCUGCUUCAUCUGCUGGAGGACCAGCGGCAGCGACACCUAAUCUCCUGGACAGGUGAGGACGGAGAGUUCAAGCUCCUGGAUGCCGAGGAGGUGGCUCGACUGUGGGGCCUCCGCAAGAACAAGCACAACAUGAACUAUGACAAGCUGAGCCGGGCCCUCCGAUACUACUACGACAAGAACAUCAUAAAGAAAGUGAGCGGCCAGAAGUUCGUCUACAAGUUUGUGAGCCAACCCGACCCGUCGCUACCUGACGGAGUUCGCUGUAUGGAGGAGGGUCAGAGGAGGGACAUCACCGACCCAAACGGCCAAUCAAAAGGCCUCGGGGGCGUGGCCUCAACCUGUCCUUCAAAGGGCUUACCACAGCAGCGCUCGUCACCCAGCAGCUCCCAGAAGAGCUCCAGAAACGACUACAUGAAGUCCGGCCUCUACUCCACCUUCACCAUCCAAUCACUGCAGACUUCACCCAACCCGCGGCCAGUCAAGUCGGAGCUCCUGCUGCAGCAAGACCCCGCCCCCAAGGUCGAUCGCACGCCCAGAGAGGUGUGUGUCCUCUCAGACUCUAAAUCCUCUCCAUCGGUGGGCGGAGCCGUCGACUCUUCCCUCCAGGUGAUCGUCACUCAGACGUCUCCGUGUCCGACUCCAGCUCUCAGCCCACAGAUACCUGCCAGCACCGCCAGCCAAUCACAGAAUCCUCCAGCUGCUCCUCUCACCGACCCUCCCCAGAUUUACCUCACCAACGUCGGGGACCCGUCCUCCCUCACGCCCCUGAUACCCCUGGGUCCCGUUGGGGGGACGGUGAGCCCCGUCCCUCCUCCUCCUCACGUCUCCAUGGGCCCCCAGGGGCCUCAGCAGGAAGACUGUGGCCCCGCCGGCUUCCCCCCUCACCCCCACAGCGCUCCUCACCCGACUCACCCCCACCCGGUGUUCGUCAUCAUCAACCCUCCUCCCUCUCAGCAGCAGCAGAACGUGGCUCCUCCUCCUCCUGUAGCUCCUCCCACCAGACCUCCUCCUCCCCCCAUCGUGAUCAAGGAGGAGAGCCUGCCGUCGGAGGAGGAGCUGCUGGAGAUGGUGACCCUGGAGGGGAAGCAGGUGGAGGAGGUUCCUCAGCUGAUCUGUGGGUCCGGAGAACCAGAAGCUCCCCUCACCGUGGUGGAGAACCUGCCUCCUCCCUGCAUGGAGCCCAGGGAAGGAGUCCAGCAGCAGGCCGAGGAGGAAGGAGGCGAGGGGGAGGUGAAGGACGCGCUAACCGAUCCCGUCCUCCCUCCGGUCACGUCCUCGUCAGUGGUGACUCCUCCGGUGACCUCAACGUCAGACGCUGUUCCUCCCAAACCAAAGAAGCCUCGGGGCCUGGAGCUUCCCUCCUCGCCGUCGCUCCCCCCCGGCCUCUCCCUGGAUAAGGUGAAUGCAGCCGUUAACAGCUUAUUGGCUCCUGGAUCGGCGACCAACACGCUCACGCCAACCGUCAUCACCUCCCACGCUCUGACUCCGGUCCUGUUGACUCCCAGUCCUCUUCCCUCCACUAUCCACUUCUGGAGCACGCUCAGUCCCAUCGCUCCCCGAUCCCCAGCCAAACUCUCAUUCCAGUUUCCGUCCAACGGCAGCAACCAGAUCCACAUCCCGGCCCUCAGCGUCGAUGGACUCUCCACCCCGGUGGUUCUCUCUCCUGGACCCCAGAAACCCUGAGCUCUCUGCCCGCCUCACGCUGCUCCUCGCUGGGCUUCGGCCUCCAUCCACGGCCCCCUGUCCUGGAGGAAGACUGGACUCUGGAACCGGGAGCCACCAGGGCUUACUGGUCCUACUGGGAGGGUUGGUGGUUUUACUGGGGCCUUCUACUGGUGGAACUCCUCAGGUCCAGGUGUCGUCUGGGCUUCGUCCUUCCUCCUCUCGGGUCACAGUUUGGUUUCUGUGGCGGUGAAGGUGUUCUCUGACUGACGUCGGCCUGGAAACUGUGAAAACUGUUUCUCCAGUUCGACUCAGAGGAACGCUGGGAUGGAUUUCAGUUUUUGUCGGAGAAUGUGAUGGUUUGGUUUUUAAACUCGUUGAUGCUAACGAGGGUUUCUGAGACGCACAUUUAUCACUUCAGAUUGCUGGAUGUUUUUAUUUAUUUCCCUUUUCUAAACUUUAAGGCUUUAUGCUUCGCUGUUAUUGGCCGCUUUUUUAGGCCCCGCCUUUCUCCAGUUAUGCAUGGACUGAGCGUCGUCGUGAAGUGACCAAUCACGGAGGAGGGACCGGAGCUCACCUGGAGGCUUUUUUCUCAGCCAAGUUGUUUCUCUCUAAAUGUGACUGUUUGGAUUUAAAGGUUCCUUCGGGUCUCAUUCCUUCGGCUUUAAGGCACCGUGUUGUUGAUCGAUGAUCAUUCCAGGCCUGCGCUACACUUCAGUCCAUCAGUGAAUGUUUAUUCUGUUCAUGAUCGCCUCGGAUUCUUGGAGUCUUUGCAGAGAUGUUGCCACGAGUCGGACGAGUUUCCAGAUUUUUGCUCUUUUCUGUCUGGACCGGGAUAAAAACAUUAUUUAUCGUCCCGUGUUAGAAUCCCAUCCUGUCCUUGAUCAGCUGGCUAUCUUUACAGUUAAUCGAUGAAUCAUUUGGUGGUAAAAACCCGUCACACCGUUCUGGAGUCCAGAACAGGAAACAUUUUAGUUUAACUUUCAGAUUUACUUCAACGAGAAAAGGUUGUAUUCAAAAGCAGUUCUCAACGUGACGACUAACCGUCUGAACGUCAUCCACCAAACAUCACAAAAACCAGCACGGUAACUGACAGUUACAGUAAUCAGAUUACUUCUAAGUUGACCAGUAGGGUCCAGGGGCCUCAUUUAUAAAACAUUGCCUAGGAUCCACACUAAAAGUUUGCGUACGCCGAAAAUCUGAAAUAGGUGUACGCCAUAAAGUGUUCUGAUUUAUAAAACUGUGUGUAAGCACAGCUGCACGCAAUUUCUUUAUAAUCACACACCGGCUGGAAGAUUGCACAGGUGGAUCCACCUCACAUUCCGCCCACAACACACCCACAUUUUACCAUGAAUGGUCAGUGCAAAGUAACUCAUGAAUGUAUCUGUAUAUAAAUAAGCUGCUGAUCCACGGCAUUUUACGCAGCGCCCCCUGCAGUCUGUUCACUGCUGUGCUUCAGGAUGAAUGAAUCAUGUGUUGACCCAGGCCAUCCUGACACUAAAUUUGUUAUGAUCAUGUCUGAUGUACAAAUAAUUUGUACACUGAUUGAAUGUACAUUUUUUCGGUUCACAGACAAAUUCAUUUUCACUCGGAGCCCUUACAGCAACAUGAGUGCAGUCAGUUACGCCGAUUACAUUUGGGAAACCGGACAUCGCUGCAAAUUGCCGUUUAAUGUUGGCCUGUUCACCCACAGUGUAAGGAAACCUGAUGUACUGACUGGUCAUGUUUAUAAUGUCAUCCAAACAGCUGGCAUUAUUGAGGGAUGGUUGUGAUAUCCAGACCUAAAGGACAUCAUUUAACUGUAUAUCAGACCCAGAUAGGAUUUAGACAACAAAUGUAACCUCAUAUAUUCUUCAUAUAAAACACAUACCUGUCGGCCACUUAACGCUGGAAGGAGCCAGAAACCCCCGAGUGGUCAGCUCCUGUGUCUGUACCGGGAUGGUUUGGGUGGGGGGGUCUGUCUAAGACGGCCCAGUUCAGCACAUCGAUCCAAGAGUACUGCUCUAGGGAAUCUGAAUCUGCUUAUUAGCCAGUCAUCAUCAUGGGCCAGGAAAUCCCUGUGAUCCCUAAAAUCUCUCUCCAUUCUUAACAUGAUCUUCCAGCAAUGCCAGCGCAUCCAUUGUGCCACAUUACGCACGGCUGUCACCCGCUAUUUAUCCACUUGAUCAGCGAUUGGACUGAUUGUCACAGACCUUUUCCAAAUCAGUAAUCAAUCAGUGCCACUCACCGCUCUGUAUCAUUUGAAGAUGGAAGUUUGAUAUAUGAACUUAGUUCUGCAAAUACAGUCGUAGGCCGAAUGACGCACUAUAUGAACAUCUACAACAAUGAGGGUUUAUGAUUAUCCGGCUCUACAAGUCUAAUAUGUGAUAACAAUAAAGGUUUGAGAUCAAUCUGGUUUCAAUUCACCACUUCACCCUCCGGCACUGCCGUUCCCUCUGUGUCCAAAAUGUGCUUAAGCAAGCAUCAAAGUUGGCGCACCGGUGCACACAUUCUCACGCCAAGUUUGUUUUUAGAAAUCACAACCUUUGUGUAGAAAAUGGCGUACGUAACUUUCUAGCCCUGUUUUGUGCGUACGCAAGCUUUAUAAAUGAGGCCCCUGGUCAUGAUGUCACAUUAAAGUUCAGGCUCCACGGUAAGAACAGAAUCAGUGAGAUCUUUGAGGUUUAAGCUGGUCUACGUUCUCCACAAAGUUGUUCUGUUGGGUUCAGGUACUAGAAGUUGUUGUUCUUCAGAUGUUCUCUUCUUCAUCUGGUCGGUCUACUUUGGUUCAUCCUCAGACAUUCGGUGUGGUAGUCCCAACUCAUUGAUCUUCAUCUGAUCAAAGAAUGUUCUCCAUCAUCCAUCUUGUUCUUUAGUUUCAUCUGGAGGUUUAUCUCUGUGGACAAAGCUCAGAACCUGAGCAGACACCAGGUUUAGUUCUGGUCCUCCGUCCAUAGAGGCUGAUGUUCUGAAGGUUCCUUCACAGCUCUGAUUAGUGGUGCUAUGACUCCACAGCUGAGAAUGUUCUCCUGUCCACAGCUCAUUUUAGGACCAUGUUCAUGCAGUUAGGCUGAUUUUGGAUCAUUUUUAGUAACUUUGGAACAAACUCUAGGUAGUUUUGGAUAUAUUUUGAGUCAUUCUUGAUGUUUUGCUAGAGUUGGACAGAUUUGGAGUCAGCUUUGAUUCAUUUUGGUCAUUCUGUUCACUUUGUUCUUGUGUCUAAACUAUUUGUGAUCUUUCUCUUCCUCUGUUCAGUUCUUCUCCAUGUGGAGCUCUGAUGACAUAGAUAGACCCGGUCCAGAACCGAGAAUGUUCUGCUCAGUUCAGAUGAGUUUUGAGUCACCGAGUUUCUACUGUGGAGCCUUAAUUUUCAGUUUAGCCUUUCCUAAGUGUUUUUGUUUGUCCGUUAGAGUAAAUACUCAAACCUGAAAGUAAUCAGAUUACUGUACACUGGUAGCUCUCUGCUGUUGUCCUCUGGUCUGCAUGCCAGCAGGUGUUGAUGGGUUUGGUUCAGUUUGUGGUUUCUCUUUACGUUUACCUCCUGAGACGUUGUCGUGCUGAGAACCGGUUUUAACGGAAUCACAACAGUCGUUCACCUUACAGAUGUCUGACGGUAACCCGUGGCAACAUCUGGAGCAGAAACCAACCAGCUGCAGACGUCGACGAGACGCUGAUCCUUCUACAGAGACUGUUGUUGUUCUUCUUAUUGUUGUUGUUGUUAUCUCUGAUGCUAGCUGUGGUUGCCACGGUAACCUGACCCCGACUGUUGCCGCCGACCUGCAGGUUGCCGUUUCCUGUCGCUGUCGUCGUUGUUGCUGCCAACGCUGUAAAAAAAAUUGUGGGGUUUUUUCUACGCUUCUGUGUGUGUGAUGCCUCGCUGCCGACACACACACACAGUAACACACACGCAGCAACACACACGCAGUAACACAUACACACAGUAACACAGUAACACACACACAGCUGGACCUUCAGGAACCGACUGAAGCUGAAAUUCAGGGUUUUAUUCGUUAAAUUAAUCCGACUGAACACUUUAAUUCUCCCUGAAUUUUAAAGAAACCUGAUGAUGAUGAUGUCAUCGGGUCCAUCAGAACCGACUUGAUGACAUCACUCUGGUUCCAGCCCCGGUUCUGUUCCUGAGGGUUCAGGUCCUCAGCAGCUCCAAGCCAUCGUGUUCGACUGUUCUCUCUCUUUACAGCAUGAUUCUAUUUUUCUAUCAGAGACCGCCUGUUUAUAUCGAGUAGAAUUAAAAGAGCCUUAAGAUUUCAGAGCAGACGGACAGACAGACACGUCUUCGUUGUUUUUAAAAGAAAAAAGUGGCACCAUGAAGGUUAGAAAUAAGCCAUUUUAUCGAGGCGAGGAGCCGAAGUUUCGUGGACGAAGGUUUUAGUCUUUGAGCCGAUGUUUCUCUCACCAGCAGAACAGGAAGAAUGUCUUUAUAGCGAUCAACGGCAGCAUUGCAUUCUGGGUAACAGGCCUUUUUAAACCCAACCGAAGAGUUUUGGGGGGAUAAAAUGCUGCGUCGGUUUGAACAACCGGAAUCAAGUCACGACAGCCGACAGUCUAACGGAACUAUCCUUUAACUUCACCGUGGUUCAUUUUAAAGUCCUGCAGCUCUAAGAACCAGAACAUCAUGAAGGAGGAGAGAACUCAGAGACGUCUUUUGUCUCGAGGACUCAGUUAGACGAACCCCAGAAUUUACAUAAGUCACCUCAAAAUUAGGUUAAAACAAAUAAAUCCCAUCUAAAAUCACAAAAAUGCAUCCAAACCAACUUAAAAUGCAUCCAAAGUGACUUCAGAAUGGUUCAAAAUUACUCAAAACUUCAUUAAAACGCUAAGAUUUUGUCAAGAAAUUCCAAAGAAGUUUUUAAAUGACAUGAAAUGUCUAAAGUGACAAAGAAAACCAUCCAAACUGACUAAUAGACGGAGAAAAAACUCAAGAUGAGUUUAAAAUGAAGUUUGUCCAAAAUGACACUUAGUCGUUUAAAAGUUUGGUUUUAAAUGAAAAAAAACAAGACAAAAAAGAAAAGAAUGAUGCUACGUACCAAAACAUUCUAUAAUUACAGGAGGUCCUCAGUUUAUGAUGUCAUUGACCUAUGGCGUUUCAUCAUUAUGUCUGUAGUGGUUACAUGGAACUAGUUAAUGAGCGUAGCGGAUGAGUACGUCAUCAUGCGACACUAUCAGACGGCUUUGUUUCCAUUCUCAGGGUGUACACACCUUGGAUUGUUCUACAUUCAUUAAAUUUCUGCCAUUCAUUAUGGCAACAUAUUCUGUUAUCUUCUUGUAAAAUGACUCAUACUUGCAUGAAAGUUGUUCAUAUUCCUGACUUUUAUAAAGAACUGAUCGAAAUUGUGAUGCACAGAACAGCUUUGUUUACAUUUUCUCUGGAAUUCCGACUUGCGUAGAUCAGUACAAAUGGAACUCUGAUGUAAAUCGAAGACCUCCUGCAGAUAACUAGCUACACUAUCGUUCAAAAGUUUGGGAUCACUUAGAAAUGUUCUUAUUUUUGAAAGAAAAGCUUUUUUUUUUUCAAUGAAGAUAACAAAUGAAUUUAGCUAAUGUUAGCUAAUGCUGUUAAAAGGCUCAUUGAUGACUAGAAAACCCUUGUGCUGUUAUGUUAGCACAUGGAUAAAAGUGGGAGUUUUCAUGGAAAACAUGAAAUUGUCUGAAUGACUCCAAACUUUUGAACGGUAGUGUAUGUAUACUACUAAAUAUUUUAUUUGUUUCCAUGCCAUGAAAACACUGCCUGCAGUUCAACCGAAAACUGAGAUUACAGGGGGUCCUUGACUUACAUCUGAAUUCUGUUCCUACGGCGCGACUUAACACAAUUUGUGCCGUACGUCAGAACUCACAACUACCUAUAGGCACUUUUCCAUUGGCGUCUACUCGACUCGCUUCAGGUCAUUUUCCAUCACAAUUGAGUACAACAUCAUCAUGGGUGGAGCUGUCAUAGCACAACGGCCUGGCCACGGAGUUAGCAUUGAUGGCUAACUAGCUAGCUAAUUGUCUUCAUGCAGGAAACGGCGACAUUGCUUUCAUAAUAUGCUUGUUUGUUAAAAGUGAGCUCGCCACCAAAGGGAUAAGAAACGUAAAAGUUUCCUUCAGUCACAAGACACUCACCAGUUUUCGUGAAGGAGUUGUUGUCGUGUGUCGUCACUCCCUGUCCAAUCACUGACCUGCACUCUGUCGACGUCACAUUGUCGGCUCAGCUCGCUUGGAACCCCGGCUGAGUAGAUACUAGGGCUGGCCCGAAUAGUGGUUUCUGCCCUCCGAACAUUCGGGCCCUAUUAAAGACGAAUAUUCGUUCCGCCCCAUAAGGGGGUGAAUAUUCGGAUACCAAAAUUAAUAUCCGGAUACCGCCGUAGCGAACGAAUAUUCAGAUAUUCGGGAUAUUCGGGUCCAGCCCUAGUAGAUACUAAACUAGUUCCUAGUAACCGCCAUAGGAACAACUGUGCAGUUGUCGGUAGGUCUACUCUAGAACUUUCUACAGUUGGUACCAGGUACUACAGCCUAGUGGAAAACCUCAUAAACCAAGUGGAGUCAGGGCAAGUUGAGCUGAGUAGGUGUUAGUGGAAAAGCACCAUUUGUCAACUGGCCGAAGUUCGUGGGUGUUUCGCCCUGUUCCCAGUGUUUUAUUCUGUCUAGUUUGACUUCCAUGGAGACGUCUUUCCUUUUCUUCCAAGCAUCAGAAGAGUCUGACUCUUGGGAGCCAUAAUGAAGGGCAAAAAGUUAGUGAAUGUAGCACAAUCCAAGGUGGCAUAUGUCAGGUGAAGUCUUCAGUGGAGUCUGGACUUCUCUAGAUGAACACUCAGUCAUCUCUCAAGUCAAAGCAAAGUCAGCAUGAACAGAACACAGUCUGGACAAGGUCACCAUGUGCUCCACAUGUUGGUUAUCAGUAUUACAAUGAAGAAGAACAUUUAAUCAUCAAAUACAAUCGUUUUCACCACACCUACAACCAGAGAAUGGAAACAAAGUCUUCCUCGUUUAGCGGCGUGUGACGGCGUGUUCAUCCACUCCGCUCACCAACUAGUUCCCAUGAAAUUAGUCUUAACGUCGUGAACACCAUAGGUCAGAACGAUGGAACAGGACUUCGGUCAUUUUAAGGGAGCCGUAACCUCAAAAGACCGUAAGUCCAGGACGUCGUAAAUCGGGGAGCUGCUGCCUUUUGUUGCUUUUCUGCCACCUCUGAUGAUUUCAGCUUUAAUCAGUCGUUGCUCCUCAGUUCUGCAGAGAAACUCAGACUUUUUAGGUUUUUAUAGAAUCUCGUUCGAACCAACGGUAAAUUUUUGGUGAAUUUUUAACUGACGUGGACAAAAAUUCGCACUUUUAAAGCUGGGAUUUGGAUAAAUUUCCCAACGGAAGAGUAUCAGAGACGAGUACUUCAAGGACCGUAGGAAAGCGUAGAAUCUGAUCAUCUUUUUCAUUUUUUACGGUUUUAUUAUUUGUUAUUUUAAAGUCUGUGUACAUUUCAAACCAGCUGGCUGGUUUUGGCCUUCAGAGGGUUAAACUCAAAUAUUUUCACUUUCUUUUUUCAUCCAAACAGAUUUAAAAAUGUCCAAAAAGCAAAAUACUGCAGAGAAUCUCAAAACUUUCCCUGUUGAUCGCUGAUGUCGAGAUUUCUGAAACUUUAUGUUCAAAUAUUCAAAAGAAAGAGUUAACAAGUUAAAAGUACAAACAUAUAUGUUAUAUAUUUAUAUAAUCAGAAAAUUUAAAAGCAUUUUUAUUUCUGACAAUGUAGGAAAAAGUUCUAAAAAUAUUUUUUACAAAAUCAAACACCCAGAAAUGUAUAAAAUAUCCUUUAAAAAAUAGUCCAGUCUCUCAAAAUAUUAAUGAAAUGUUCUAUAAAUCAACAAAUGCCUCUGAUAGAAAAUAAACUUUAAAAGAAGAGCAAAAGAGCAGCAAAGUAGAUGAGAGUAGGAGCAAAAAAAGUUUACAAAAAUCCCCCACAAAUCAAUAAAAUGAAAAUAUUUUCAACUUUAUUAGAAAUAAUAAAAUUCCUAUUAAUGAAAAGCCCAAAAGAUGCCUUUAAAUAAAUAUUUAAUAAUAAUGACAUAAAAAAUAUUAACAAGAGUCAUAAAAUAUUUUUUUAAAUCCCUAAAAAAAAUGUGAAAAUGAAAGCAGCAUGUUUUAUAAAUCAGAUUUAUGAACAAACUGUCAGAAUAUUUUUAACAAAGGAAAAUGAGUUUAAAUUCUGUCGUGACUUUUUCCUGUUUUUCUUUCAUUUCUCUGCCGAGUCGAUAGAGAAACGUUAAAAUGUGACGCAUGGAGUCGAGGUUGGAGCGCUGCAGAUGUUCAGGUUUUACUGGAGGGUUUUGAAGUCUGAAAACGUUUAAUUCAGUCUGGAGGACGUUUAGAGGCUUUUAUUCUGAAAGAUGUUUAGAGUCUUUUAUUCUGGAGGAUGUUUAGAGGCUUUUAUUCUGAAAGAUGUUUCGAGUCUUUCAUUCUGGAGGAUGUUUCGAGUCUUUUAUUCUGAAGGAUGUUUAGGGUCUUUUAUUGUGAAGGAUGUUUAGGGUCUUUUAUUCUGACGGAUGUUCAGAGUCUUUUAUUCUGUCGUGUUGACGUGAAACGUGACGAGUUUUAACUAUAUUCUGAAAUAUCUGGAGCUUCCUGUCUGAUCCACUCUGCUGUAGAUUUGGUUAAUUAGUCCUUUUCUUAAUAUCUCUGAUCAUUUAUCCAAUAGAAACUCCUCCUGUGUCCUGCAGCUGCUCUGAUUGGCUGCAGGUUUGGCUCCACUUCACCUCCAGCCAAUCAGAACUCGAGCUGAGGAAUGAAAACAGAAAUCUUUUCUGGUGGAAAUCUGCUGAAAAUGUGAAUUGAUUUCAGUUUUUCAUAAAUGUUCAUCCUCUGGAGGCUGGAAAGACUUAAAGCUGCGGCGCUAAUGACAGUUUGAUUAUUUUCUGGAUCAAUCGAUUAAUUAUUUUGUCUCUAAAAUGUCCAAAAAAUGGUGAAAAAUGACCUAAAAUCCGACAAAAAAACUCUGAAUUUCAAAAUCGUGGACAAAAGUACUUGAAAUUUGUCCAACUUUGUACAGUUUUAUUUUAAAAAUGAAUCAAAUGAUUAAUCGAUUAUCAGAAUGUUCCGUCAUUCAGUCAAUAAUCAAUAAAUCGAUCUCUUCAGCUCUACUUGGAACAGUUCAACUGCAGUUUGGUCAUUAAACAUUUUUGUAUUGAUCAGCAGUCGAUCGAUUAAUCAGUGAGCUUCAAACAUUAACCGAUCGAAUGAAUCGGCAAGCGUUUUGGUAAUCGAUCAAUAGUUUUGGUCCUUUUUUAAUGAGCUAAAAAUGACCAUAUUUAUAUCAGAAAUGUGACCUAAUUAGCAUAUCAAUCAAUAGUUUUACUCCUUUUCUAAUCAACUUUUCUGCUCCUUCACAUUUGUUUCAGCUGAUUUUACCAGAAAUUGAUUUAAAAUUUGCAGCACGUUUGUCGUUAAACUACAGGAAACUCUCCCAUGAUGCUUUGCAGCAGGACGACAUUAGACAGGAAGUGACAUCAGACAGGAAGUGGAGGUUGGAGCUGGAAUCUUCUCUGUACAUAAACUAUAACCUGAACAUGAAUCUAUAUCUUCUGUACCAUGUGACCCGCCCGACCAAUGGGCCGAGGCGUGUCCGUGACGUGUUGUUUCUGUGGCCUAUUGUCGCUGUCAGAUCCCGGCAUGGCCCCGCCCCUCCUCGGCUGCGAUUGGCCGGGGAGUUUAUUGAUAUGAGGGGGUGGGGCCUGCAUUUAUUUUUGACAUGUACUGGAAACAUUAAAAGAAAACAUAUUUUUUAUGA